AACGAGUUUCAUUGAAAUUCUCGUCCUCUUCAGGUAUAUAAGUAUUCUCUGUUCGUCUUUGUAUCAGAAACAAACGUUGUUUGGAUAAGGUUGUGCUGUGGUUGUGACUCACUCUGUGCUUUGGUUAACAUGGCGGUUGAGAAGUCAAGCAUUGCAAAAGAUGUGACUGAAUUAAUCGGCAAAACUCCAUUGGUAUUUCUGAACCACAUCGUCGAUGGUUGUGUUGCCAAAGUUGCUGCGAAGCUAGAAAUGAUGGAACCUUGCUCCAGUGUCAAAGACAGGAUAGGAUAUAGCAUGAUUGUAGACGCUGAGCAGCAGGGACUCAUCAAACCGGGUGAAAGUGUUCUCAUUGAGCCUACCAGCGGAAACACUGGCAUUGGUUUAGCAUUCAUGGCAGCUGCUAAGGGUUAUAAACUUAUUAUAACCAUGCCUUCUUCAAUGAGUCUUGAGAGAAGAACCAUUCUAAAAGCUUUUGGAGCUGAUUUAGUUCUCACAGAUCCCGCCAAGGGUAUGAAAGGAGCUCUUCAGAAGGCAGAAGAGAUAAGGGACAAGACUCCCAAUUCGUAUAUGCUACAGCAAUUUGAAAAUCCUGCAAAUCCAAAGAUUCAUUAUGAAACCACUGGACCCGAGAUUUGGAAGGGCUCCAGUGGGAAGGUUGAUGGUCUUGUCUCUGGGAUUGGAACGGGAGGUACAAUAACAGGUGCUGGAAAAUAUCUGAAAGAGCAGAACCCUGAUAUAAAGCUAUAUGGCGUCGAGCCAGUAGAAAGUCCAAUACUGUCUGGAGGAAAACCUGGUCCUCAUAAGAUCCAAGGAAUUGGUGCUGGCUUCAUCCCUGGUGUUCUGGACGUUGAUCUACUAGAUGAAGUUAUUCAAAUCUCAAGUGAAGAAGCUAUCGACACUGCUAAAGAACUUGCUUUGAAAGAAGGUUUGCUGGUGGGGAUAUCAUCUGGUGCUGCUGCUGCAGCUGCAAUUAAGAUAGCAAAAAGGCCAGAAAAUGCUGGAAAACUCAUUGUUGUGGUCUUUCCAAGCUUCGGAGAGCGUUAUCUAUCAUCUGUGCUAUUCGAAUCUGUGAAGCGAGAAGCAGAGAGUUUGGUCUUUGAACCCUGAAUACAAAGCCAAAUUAGUCUUUUAGUGCUCGUGUGAUAGUAGUCAUUUGAUGCUUCUCAAGUUGCAUUCCCGGCUUAUGUAUUUAUUUGUUUUUCCAAAUCUAGAAGUUAAAAAUGGGUUUGUUUGGUUGUGAAAUAAGAUUCAAUAGUA